AGCGAGCGAGCGAGAGAGAGAGAGAGAGAGAGCGCUCGCGCUCGAGAUGGGCUUUCUCCGAGCUCUACAUCGUGCUCGCCCCCUCAUCAGAUCCAACCUCUCUACUUCUAGGGUUGCAUGCCGAUGGAUCUCCUCCACCCCGGACCGCCACAAUCCCGAGGCCGCGGCAGCAGCCGCGCCGGCUCCGACGCCUGAGGUCAGGCCAAGGACUCCCGUUGGCGGCGCGCGGAUUGAGUGUCCGAAUCCCGAAGAUGCGAUCGAGGUGUUUGUGGACGGUUAUCCGGUGAAGAUCCCCAAAGGGAUGACGGUUUUGCAGGCCUGCGAGGUUGCCGGCGUCGAUAUCCCCCGUUUCUGCUACCAUAGCCGUCUCUCUAUUGCUGGAAAUUGUAGGAUGUGCCUCGUCGAGGUCGAGAAAUCGCCCAAGCCCGUGGCUUCAUGCGCAAUGCCUGCUCUUCCAGGGAUGAAGAUUAAGACAAAUACUCCUGUGGCGAAGAAGGCGAGGGAGGGUGUGAUGGAAUUCUUGUUGAUGAACCAUCCAUUAGACUGCCCCAUUUGUGAUCAGGGAGGGGAAUGUGACUUGCAGGACCAGUCAAUGGCAUUUGGUUCAGACCGUGGUCGUUUCACAGAGAUGAAGAGGUCUGUGGUUGAUAAGAACCUGGGACCACUGGUUAAGACUGUGAUGACUCGAUGCAUCCAGUGCACAAGGUGUGUCAGAUUUGCUAGUGAGGUUGCUGGUGUACAGGAUCUUGGCAUGCUAGGUCGGGGCAGCGGAGAAGAAAUUGGAACAUAUGUGGAGAAACUUAUGACAAGUGAGCUGUCUGGAAAUGUGAUAGAUAUCUGUCCUGUGGGAGCUCUCACUUCAAAGCCAUUUGCUUUCAAAGCUAGAAAUUGGGAAUUAAAGGGCACAGAGAGCAUAGAUGUUACUGAUGCGGUAGGAUCUAACAUAAGAAUAGAUAGUAGAGGUCCAGAAGUCAUGCGCAUCCUUCCACGCUUGAAUGAGGAAAUUAAUGAGGAGUGGAUAUCUGACAAAACACGUUUCUUCUAUGAUGGGCUAAAGAGACAGAGACUGAAUGACCCUAUGAUUCGUGAUCAUGAUGGAAGAUUUAAGCCGGUGACAUGGCGUGAUGCCCUUGCUAUUGUUGCUGAGGUUGCACAUCAAGUUAAGCCUGAUGAAAUUGUCGGAAUUGCUGGUCAGCUUUCUGAUGCUGAAUCUAUGAUUGCUCUGAAGGACUUUUUAAACCGAAUGGGGUCAAACAAUGUGCUUUGUGAAGGGAAUGGCUCAAGUCCUCAAGCUGAUCUCCGUUUUAGUUUUCUUUUGAAUUCAAACAUUGCUGGCCUUGAAAACGCAGAUCUUUUUCUUAUAGUUGGAAGCCAGCCUAGAGUAGAAGCUCCAAUGGUGAAUGCAAGAAUCAGAAAGACUGUUAGAGCAACUCAGGCAAAGGUGGCCUACAUUGGCCCUCCAACUGACUUCAAUUAUGAUCAUGAGCACAUUGGCACUGGCCCAAAAACCCUCCUUGAUAUUGCUGAGGGCCGCCAUCCAUUCUGCUCUCUCAUCCUUUCUGCGAAGAACCCUGCUAUAAUUGUUGGUGCUGGGCUGUUCGAGCGCAAGGACAAGGAUGCCAUUGCUGCUGCUAUUGAAACUAUCGUAAAGUUUGGAAGAGUUAACCGUCCUGACUGGAAUGGCCUCAAUGUCCUUCUGCUUAAUGCUGCCCAAGCAGCUGCUCUUGAUCUCGGCCUCGUGUCUGGACCCGAGUGCAUACGGUCUGCAAAAUUUGUCUACCUUAUGGGCGCUGAUGAUGUGAACUUGGAUGACCUACCAAAGGAUGCUUUUGUACUCUAUCAAGGACACCAUGGCGACAAGGGUGUUUACAGAGCCAAUGUUAUCUUUCCGUCGGCAGCAUUUAGUGAGAAAGAAGGCACUUAUGAGAACACAGAGGGCUGCGCCCAGUGGACGGUCCCUGCUGUACCUACGGUCGGCGAGUCGAGGGACGACUGGAAGAUUAUCCGAGCACUGUCAGAGGUUGCUGGGGUACGCCUUCCCUAUGAUUCGCUUAAGGCUGUACGGGCUCGGAUAGGUACAGUGGCUCCCAAUUUGCUGAAUGUUGAAGAGAGGGAGGCACCAACAAUUUCUGGAGAACUCAAGCCAGAAUUUCAGCAGAAUCUGAGCAUGGCUCCAUUUGGAGUUGCUGUUGACAAUUUCUAUAUGACUGAUUCCAUCACUCGUGCAUCAAAGAUAAUGUCGCAAUGCAGCUCUCAAUUGUCCAAAAAAUGAAAUUUUGUUUUAUCAUAUCUUUGUUUUUUGUAACCAGAUUGGUGGUAUUCUCUUGCAUGCUACUGUGGUUUUAUAGCUGAAACUGCUAUUUGGUUGCCAUAUUUAAGCUUGUGAUCAUAAAUGGCAAGCAACAUUUCUGUACCUUGUAAUCAUAAAUGCCAAAUGUUUAAUUUAUCUCCCAUUAUUGAGCUCU